AUGGAACAAAGUCAACACAACUCCGAGAAGCACUAUGAUCUGAUAAUCCUAGGAGCUUCUGGUUUCACUGGAAAAUACGUGAUAAGAGAAGCUCUCAAGUUCCUCAAUACCCCUUCAUCUCCCCUCAAAACCAUCGCUCUAGCAGGCCGGAAUCCUGCCAAAUUGGUCGAAUCCCUGAAAUGGGCAUCUCACCCUGCAACCCCUCCUUCCCUUCCCAUCAUCAGAGCCGAUGUUUCCGACCCAUCAUCUCUGCGGGAUCUUUGCACCAAAACCAAACUUAUCUUGAAUUGCAUCGGACCCUUUCGCCUCUACGGCGAGCCAGUUKUCUCAGCCUGUGUCGAAGCGGGCUGCGAUUACUUGGAUAUCUGUGGUGAACCUGAAUUCAUGGAGAAAAUGGAGGCAAUUUACCACGAGAAGGCAGUGGAGAAGGGGUCCUUGGUGGUCUCCGCUUGUGGGUUCGAUUCGAUUCCUGCGGAACUUGGAUUGAUGUUCAAUUCUAGGCAGUGGGUGUCGCCAGCGGCACCAAACAGCGUUGAUGAUAGGGUUGUUCAUAACAAGACCUAA